CCCAUCUCCUUAUCAUUAAACCAACAUACAGAGCGGAGAAAACACACAACGGAUUUAGAGAAUUAACAUCGGGUUCUCCAUCCCAGAGGAGCCUCCAAAAUGUGUACGGGGAAAUGUUCUCGAUUCGUCGGGCUGUCGCUGUUGCCCAUGGCGUUCAUUGGCAUCAUCGCCAACUUGUUACUGAUAUUUCCUAAUGGGGAGACCAAAUGGACCGACCAUAUCACUAUGCAAGUCUGGCUGACGGGUAUUGGAGGCGCUGGAUUAUUUAUGUUGUGUCCAUCUUGCAACGCCAUUCGGGCGGGUGGUAAAGGUUGCUGUGGGGAGGGAUGCUGCGGAAAUCGAUGCCGGAUGUUGCGGUCCUUGAUAUCUUCAAUCUUUGGUGGUCUGGGGAGCUUCUACUGCCUGGCGGUCUCUGGGACAGCUCUGAAUGAUGGACCAUUGUGUAACUUCAACAAUCAGACUGGCAAGGCAGCAAAUUGGGAUUACCACUUCAAGCAGUUUGAAGACAAUUAUCUUUUUAACAAGACCUCGUGGGACCUCUGCAUCCAGCCCCCGAAUAUCGUCCUCUGGCACAUCGUCCUCUUCUCUAUACUCCUGGGGUUGGGAGUCUUGGAAUUCGUCCUCUGUGCCAUUCAGAUUAUCAAUGGUCUCUUUGGGAUCAUGUGUGGGGACUGCCGGAAGGACAAAAAUGAUAAAGCCUGAUAUUGAAGAAACUCCCUCCACGUAUCUCGUUCCCCUUUCCUCAAUCCGCAAGGAAAUGAAAACUCUUCCGAUCAUUUGACUCCUUUGGACAUUAUGGUGAAAUUACUCCAUCUAUGGGAUUUUGACAAGUCUGUUGACUUUUUUUUUUUGUAAUUUAAUUCGAACGUCCACUCAAACAUUUAGUUUCGGGUGGAGGGCAAUGAGCUGAAUGUCACACCACCGUCCAGACUUACAAGGUGAGGUUUCUGCAAUUGAGCUCUCAUCUCUCCAGCCAUAGGAGCGAGAGGAGUCUCCUUCCAUAUGAUUUGAACUAGAGUUUUGAGUCCAGCAGGGAGGAGACCUUUUUGCAAUGGCCAUGGUGGAGGGAUGGACCUGGGAACUCAGGGACAGAGAUGUCACCGGCGUGGUAGGUUGCAUGGGUUGUAUGUUUACAUAUACUUGUGACUGUACUACUAUUUAGAUGUAUAUAUAUAUAUAUAUAUAUAUAUAUACACACAUAAGAAGGGUAUAUACCGUAUAUACUCAAGUA